GUGGUAACCACCAAUAGGCACUAGCACGUUUGUCAAUUGUUUAUGUUUACUUACCAUCAAAUAUUUUAUAAUAAUGCACCGGCCGCAACAGAGACCGCAUCACAACAUCGCUGAGCUGUUCGCGGAAGCACGAUCGGAUUUCGUUCGGGUCAGCGCUCCAAUGGUCCGGUACAGUAAGCUGGAAUUUCGGCGUCUAGUCCGAUUAAAUGGUGUGCAACUCGCGUUUACGCCCAUGAUGAUCUCAGACUCCAUUAACAACAGCGAAAAGGCCCGCCAGAACGAGUUCUCCACGGGUGCGGAUGACCAGCCGCUGAUUGCUCAGUUUGCGGCCAAGGAUCCUACGGAAUUUGUCACCUCCGCCCAGCUCAUCUAUCCGUAUGUUGAUGGCAUCGAUUUAAACUGUGGCUGUCCACAAAGCUGGGCAAUGGCUAAGGGCUACGGUUGCGGAAUGUUGCGCCAGCCGGAGCUAGUGCGUCAAGUGGUCCAGGAGGUGAGGCGCGCACUGCCCGCUGAUUUCAGUGUCUCGGUGAAGAUGCGUCUGCUGGGAGGAGAGCAGUCUUUGGAGCGCACUAUCGAUUUAGCCCGCCAGUUGGAACAAGCGGGUGUCACCUUCCUAACACUUCACGGACGGACGCCAGCCCAAAAACACUCUAAGGACACGCUAGACAUCCCAGCCAUGGCCGAGGUGCGCAAGUCCCUGCAAAUCCCUCUGAUAGUCAACGGCAAUGUGGAGAGCUAUAGAGAUGCCUGCGAUAUGCAUGAUCAGACAGGAGCAGCUGGUGUAAUGGCUGCCCGAGGCCUGCUUGCCAAUCCGGCUCUCUUCAAUAGCAUCUAUCCAGAUGCCAAAACCACGCCAUUGUCCUGUGUACAACAAUGGCUAGAUAUAGCAUCUGCUGCGGGGAAUAAUCUGCUGUUUCAAUGCUUUCAUCACCACCUCACCUUCAUGUGGAGCGCUCAAAUAAAGCGAGAUCUACGAGUGCAAUUUAACAGCUUGGGUUCCAAAGAACAGGUCGUGGACUUUCUGAAGGAACACUACAAUCUGGAAUAUAGUGAGGAUGACUCAACCUCGGCUGACUACACGGAUUGCACGUACAACCAUUUUACACCACCCAAACACGCCCGGCACAUUGCCGCCGAGUCGGAUGAGCAGGCCUGGAGUUCAAAUAGCGACGGAAAGUUUUUUACGGAAUUCAGAGCACACCAGUUGACUGGAACUGGUGGGGAAGAUUUGGAACUGGGAGGACUCUUCGGCGAGGAGUAAAUUGUUUUAUAAAUAUAUUCCUUGUUGGGUGGGAUUGAAGGUUGUACAGAACAAAUUAAAAUAGGUUGAUAUUUUAUAUACUUACAUUUUUAUACAAUGUAAUUAUAUUGAAAAACAAUCGAAAA